CUGUUGGUCUGUACACGCAGUAAUGAAAGAUAGGUACGUUGGUAUGUAAAGAAACGUUCGUCUUGAGUGGCUGCGACCUGAAACAGGUCUUUGUGGCUUGGAGAUGAGCCCUAUGGCGCAAAGGCAGAGGUGGGAGACUAGGAGUGAGAGUGGAUAGGGUGGAGCGUAAGAGAGGAUAAAUUACCAUCGAGGCGCCGGCCCAAGGCUGAGUCAAAUGCAAGAGGGCCAGCGCGCGCAUGUCAUGCCAGGAACGAGGCAUCCGCUGCCGGGUUGAUGUUGCAUCAUUCGCGCGGCAGCCAAACGGAUCGACUUGUCGAUCGGGAAAUUAAAGCUCAGACGGUUAGGUUUGCUGGAGAGGAGGAGGGAGUAUUGACCCCGGAUGCUGGGCAACGCUCCAACGGGCCAGACGGAGGAUGCAACCUCGUCUUUGAUGCCGCAAACAGCUUCGCGAUGGCAUCUAAUUAUGGACCAGUGUUGCGAUGCUGCUCUGCAGCACUCGCUCUGUCGCUGCUCCCCUUUGCCUCUGUGAUGGCGCCCGGCAGAGGACGUGGACACCAACCACAAAGCCCGUGCGGUCAGCCCUGUCGUCCAAGCCCGCAGAGGCGCCGUCUUAUCCCCGAGCGAUGCAAUUCCGGAAUGCAAAAGCAAUGGACGGCAUUCGGGUGCUUCGGGUGCUUAGGUCGAGAUGGAGCGGGAAUGAUGAGUCGAUUCGAGGUGGUCGGGCGCUCCGAGAAACUUCAAUGCAUGCCCGGUGCCUUGGUGUGUCCCACUGUCGAUCAUGGUAUAUAAAGGGUAACGCUUCGUGAUGCGAGUCUCAGCUUCGUGUAGCGAGGACGGUUUGUCAGGGCUCGCAUUGUCCCGCACCGCCAUGGCCACAAUGCACUCGCUCGAGCGUUGUUGUGUGCCAGCAAAGAUCUUCUGAGCCGCG